AUGAAGGAGGAUGAUGUGAUUCAGUGGAGGUGUGGAUAUGCUGAAGACACUUUAAUAGCUGAAAUCAAUAAACGGGCCAACAGAUUCACUGUAUAUGAUGAUGUUCUUGAUGGGAGAUUCAGAGACAGACUGAAGCUGAACAUACGAACCGCAUCUCUUACCAUCACAAACAUCACAAUUCAACAUACUGGAGAUUAUACAGAUUAUACAGAUCAACAGUGUGAGAAAGAGAGAGAUGAAAUAUCAGUGAAGGAGGGAGAUUCAGUCACUCUAAACUCUGAUUGUAUUGAAAUAAUGCGUUAUGAUUGGAUUCGGUGGAGGUUUGGAAAUGAUAACAUUUUAAUAGCUGAAAUCAAUAAACGGGUCGAAAGCAUGACUGUAUAUGAUGAUGUUCUUGAUGGGAGAUUCAGAGACAGACUGAAGCUGGACAAACAAACUGGAUCUCUGACCAUCACAAACACCAGACCUGAACACAGUGGACAUUAUAAAAUACAGAUGAUGCUUUCAGACAAAUUCUCAUCAAAAGCUUUCCGUGUUUCUGUCUAUGCUCGUCUGCCUGUUCCUGUCAUCAGUAACUCUUCACAAUGUUCUUCACCAUCAUCAUCAUCAUCAUCAUCAUCACAGCAGAACUGUUCAUUGUUGUGUUCAGUGGUGAAUGUGGGUCAUGUGACUCUCUCCUGGUACAAAGGAAACAGUUUAUUGUCCAGCAUCAGUGUGUCUGAUCUCAGCAUCAGUCUCUCUCUACCUCUGGAGGUGGAAUAUCAGGAUAAAAACACCUACAGCUGUGUGCUCAACAAUCCCAUCAGCAACCAGACGAGACACCUCAACAUCACUGAACUCUGUCAACCACGUCCAGACUCUGUCCACUGUUGUGGUUCUACUAAUGCUGUGAUCCGAUUGGUCCUCUCUGCUCUGGUGGGCGUGGCUACUGUCAUUCUUCUGGUUUAUGACAUCAGAUCCAGAAGAGCUGAGCAAGAUCAAACACAUAUUCACACAUCAGGUGGCUCAUUUCCACUCUAG